AUGGAGACUUUUAUACGACAUUUCAUUCAUCAAUCUCUUUCUUUUCAGUUGUAUGAAAAUGCUAUUUUCUUAAGUGAGCGAUUAUUUGCAGAGACUCCUUCAAUUCCUCAUUUGUUACUUGUAGCGAAAUCAUACUAUGAAUCGGGACAGUACAAUGUUGCCUACCACAUGUUAAAGUAUCAUUCUUCAAAAUGGGAUGUUCCUUUCAAAACAAAUACAUCAUCCUCCGACACAGAAUUAACAAAAUCAUUCUUCGAUUUUUUGGAUCCACAAGAGAGCAUCUUUUAUCUGUUCUCUUUGUGUUGUAUUAAAUUGGAACACUAUAUCGAUGCAGAACGUUAUUUACGAAAAUGUCACGAUCAUAAUGAAAAUAAUGUUAUCAUCAAUUAUUGGUUAGGGAUAGUUUACAAAUUAACCUGCAGGAAAGAAUUAGCAAUUUAUCAUUUUCACAAAUGUGUAUCGCUGUGCCCGAUGUUGUGGUCUGCGUAUGAGCACAUAGCUCAACUAGGAUAUGAUAGAGUAGAAGCAGAUGGGCUUUUUGAUCCAAGUAAAUCGGCACAGCUCUAUGAGAGAUUUUCACAAAUGUAUUCUGACCUAUCGGGAAAUAAUUCAAACAAUAAUUCUAUCAAUAUUCCACUUGCAACAAAUUUCAGCUUUACGUCUGCGAUGAAGCCACCAACAAAUUCAAUCUCAAAACAAGCAGAUUUUCUUCAUGCCACCAAUCGAAAUAAUAUUUCAGACAAUGAUAUUAACAUGGAUCAAAAUACUCAAUUUCCAACUGAAACCGGAGUAUCUUCCACCCCAAACAAACCCAAAAGUAGUUAUGAAUUUCCUCUAGUUUUCAAUCCAACUGCUACCACAACCGCAAAAACUCCAAAUUUAUCAGCCAAGAAUAAGCCUAGAGCAAGUAUUGGAAGCGCUUCCAGAAGCAGCUUUGGAAAUAAUGAAAUGUUUUCACAUUCUACCCAACAAACACCAAAUUCCUUUUUCUAUAGAACUCCUUCUCCUCAACAAUCACCCUCCUCAGCAGUGACUCAUCCACCAACCAUGACCCAAAAGCCAAAACCUUCAAGAAAAAGUCAAGCAUCAACAAUUACAUCCACAACAAGUAAGAAAAUCACAUUUGAAUCUACUGAAAAGAAAAUUAGUAGAUCUAGUUUGACAAGUUCAAGCAGCGAAUCAGAAGAUUCAAAGUUUUCACUCUACCCUUCACAAUCUUUACAUUCAUUCCCUAAAAACUUUAAAGCAUCUCCUCAGAGAAUGUAUCAACUAGAUUCUUUAAAUCAAGUUCCUACAGAUUCAUUCCUAAAUCCCAAUAUUGGCUUUAAUAUUCUUUCCAAUCUCUCGUCAACAACAGGAUCAGCAAUGCCAGUGGUUAAUUCUAACACUAGUCCAUUUUUGAGCUGGCAGUCUGUUUUUUCACUCAAUUACAAACAAGUGACUGUGAACGAUGUGUCAUCAACUCUUGCUCUUCUAAACGCUCAUGCCAUUCCACUCAAAUUCUUCUCUCAAUACAAAGGAAAAGAAGCCAUUGAGAAUUUUGAAAAGCUUCCUCCAAAACAUUAUCAAAGUGGAUGGGUGUUGCAACAUGUUGGACGAUCUCAUUUCGAAAUGGCUCAAUACGAAGAUGCAGAAACAGCAUUUGAAAGAAUUCAAAUGAAUGAACCCUAUAGAUUAGAUGGAUUAGAAAUUUAUAGUACAAUUUUAUGGCAUCUCAAAAAAGAUAAGAAAUUGAGCUAUCUUGCUCAACAUAUGAGUGAGAUUGACAAGACAGCUCCUCAAACUCUUUGUGCCAUUGGCAAUUGUUUCAGUCAACAGAAAGAUCACGAAACAGCUCUAAAAUUCUUUGAAAAAGCAACAAAGGUUGAUAAUUUAUUCACCUAUGCGUAUACAUUAGCUGGUCAUGAAAGAGCAGCCAAUGACGAUCUCGAAGGUGCACUCCAAUGUUACAGACAUGCCAUCAGAAUUGAUGACCGACAUUACAAUGCAUGGUAUGGUAUUGGAGCUGUCUAUUUUAGACAAGAAAAGUAUCAACUUGCCAUGUAUCACUUCUCUAAAGCUAUUAGCAUCAAUUCAAAGAGUUCUGUAUUGUAUUGUUAUGCAGGUAUGGCAGAGGCAGCUUGUGGACGCUAUGAACAAGCGAUUAAGAUGUUCACUCAUGCCAUUCGAAUUCAUCCUCAGAAUCCAAUGCCAAAAUUCAAGAAAGCAAAUGCUCUGAUCGCUUUGCAAAGAUACAAUGAAGCUCUUGACGAAUUGAAAGAACUAAAGCAAAUGGUUCCCAAAGAAUCACAAAUUUACUUUACAUGCGGUAAAAUUUACGCCGCACGUAAACAAAAGGAGCAAGCUCUGUAUGAAUUUAACAUGGCUCUUGAUUUGGACAGCUCCAAAGAGAAUCCAUUAAUUAAGGAAGCCAUUUCAAAACUGUUCGAAGAGGAAGAUCUUCAAGAAGCACAAAAAGACGAUAAACUGGAUGAACGUGACGAUUAA